AUGGUUGGCAUUCUCUUCAUGAUGUCCAUUGAUCCUUCUUCAAAAUCAGCACCAUUUGCCUCCAUCAAAGAGAAGAGUUAUUUUAAGGAAGAAGAAGAAAUUCUCUUCUCAAUGCACACACUCUUUCGCGUGAGUGCAAUUAAGCAGAUAGACAAUAAUAAUCAACUUUAUCAAGUUGAAUUACAAUUAACGUCGGAUGAUGAUCAACAAUUACGAGUACUUACUGAUCGAAUACGAGAAGAGGCUGGCGGUAGUACUGGAUGGGAAAGAUUAGGUAAUUUAUUACUUAAAAUUGGUCAGUUUAAUAACGCUGAAGAACUUUAUAACGUAUUACUCGAACGGACAUCUAGUGACAGUGAAAAAGCGAUUUAUUACAACCAGCUUGGCGUUGUCCAUUCCAAUCAAGGUGAUUAUGAAAAGGCUAUUUGGUAUUAUGAAAAAGCACUUGAAAUUCUACGAAAAAUUCUUCCUUCAAAUCAUCCUGAUUUGAUUACUUCAUACAUCAACAUCGGUUUGGUGUAUGACAACAUGGGAGAGUACUCGAAAGCACUUUCAUAUUACGAACAAGGACUUGAAAUAUGGAAAAGAACUCUUCCUUCAAAUCAUCCUUAUUUGGCUACUUUAUAUAGCAACAUCGGCAAUGCAUAUCACAACAUGGGAGAGUACUCGAAAGCACUUUCAUAUUACAAAAAAGCACUUGACAUUGAGCAAAAAACUCUUCCUUCAAAUC